AUGUUAUUACAAAGACAAUUGAUUAGAAUAAGAUAUCAACAGCUGCUAUUGUUUCAUAGAUAUAUAGGGUUUAAGAAUGUGUUUAAAUUUUAUGAUAAUGUUACUAAAAUAGAAAAGGAAUAUAAGACAUUAGAAGAUGUGCCCACGGCUGUUAAAAUUAAUGAUUUAAUAACUAGAGUUCAAGGUCAUCCUGAAUUAUUAUAUCUAUUAGCGUUCUUUUUCAGUGAAUGUAAGAAAAUAGGAAUACUUCCAAAUAAUUCAGAGACAAGAACUAAAGGGAUCAGGUAUUUUUCACGAUUUUUCAUAAAAUUAACACCUUUACAUAGAUCAUUUUGGACUACUUGUUAUGAUUUAGAAGUUGCUUGUCAUAAACACAAACUACACCCGUUUAAAAUUAAUAACAUAGGAUUAUUAGAUCCUAAAAAUUUCCCAAUUGACUUCUAUAACCAAAUACUAACUGGGGAAUAUAAUGGUGUUAAAUAUAAACAUAUAAUAUCAUUUGGAUUUGGAGGGCCCAAUUGGGAGAAACCUAAGACUAAUGAUUAA